AUGAACCGACAUCACCCGUACGGCGCUUCCUAUGAAGGAGGAGGGCCCAGGAGAGGCGGCCCUCCCGGCAAUUUCGGCCCUGGGCCCGACAGAUCUCACUACUCGGACAGAGGUGGUGGUGGCCCUCGUGGACGUGGCUUCGGCCGUGGCCGCGGACGCGGCGGUGGUCAGGGUCACUUCGGUGGUGGUGGGGCGGGCUACAACCACAGAAAUGCGGGUCCGUAUGACCAGGGUCCCCCGCAAGGUGACACGGGAGAUUACAACAGCUACUACGAGUCCGGUCCGCCGCCUCCUCCACCGCCUUCAUACUACCAGCAGAACGGCAACUACGACGGCCCUCCAGGCCCCGGGCAGUACAAUCCAGACCCCCCUGGCUAUGACCAGGGUGGCUACGGCUAUGAAGAUGGCCCAGACCAGAGCUAUGGUCAGGGUGCUUUCAGUAGUAACCGUCCAUUCAAACAGCGCCCUCCGCGCCGCGAGCGAGAAGACAAAGCGCACGAUUCAAUCAUUGAAGAACGCAUUCAGAGGGAGAGACCUUGUCGCACGCUUUUUAUUCGUAACAUCAAGGCGAGUCCAACCAGCGACGAUGUGAGACGUCUCUUCGAAGAGCAUGGAGAAAUUAAGACCUUCUUCGACCUUAUCGGGAACCGCGGUAUGGUGUUCGUGACAUUUUAUGAUAUCCGUGCGGCAGAGAGAGCCAGAGAUAGACUGCAGGGAUCUGAAAUUAGUGGCCGACCUAUCGAUGUUCAUUAUUCUCUCCCUCGGGACGACAAUGGCAAAGGCGCAGAUAGGCAGAGAGACCAAGAUCUACAAGGCAAUCUGCUCGUAACUCUCCGCGAUUCGGCGACGAAUCAGCCUAUUGAUGAGAACGAAGUGCGUCGGAAGUUCCAGCAGUUAGGCGAAGUCAAGAGUGUAAGACGGGUCAUGGAGCGUGCCGAUCAAUGCUACAUCGAGUAUUUCGAUACAAGGAUCUGUGAAGAUGCGCAUAAUCGACUUCGUCACCAAGGCCUCCAAGACGGGAUCAUGGAGAUUGCAUACGCUUCUCCAACUGACGACCCUCGAGGCGGAGGUGCUGGAGGUGGUGGUGGUGGUGGUGGUGGUGGAGGGUACGGCGGAGGCAACGACUGGGAUGAUCGCCGCAAUUUCCGCGACAACAAUCGGGGCCCCCAGGAUGAGUUUGGUCGGACCCAGCGUAGUGGUGAGUUCACCAACCACAGGGGAGGACAGGGUGGUUAUGGUGGUGGUCCUCCUGGUAAUAUGGGUCCUGGCUAUGGUGGCCCAGCCGGAGGUUAUAAUCAGCCGCCGCCUUCUAUACCAUCUGCUGAGGUAUAUUAA